UCGCCCAACCCCGGAACCACAGCGGUCCGACGGCCGUGCCCAGCGCGGCUACCCCUCGCCCCAUCCCCGCUGAGGCCGGCCAUGGCUCGGUGCUGCCGAGGAGGGUGCUCCAGGACUCAGUGGAGCUGGGAACACUCCUAACAGUCUGUUGUCUUCUGCUGAGAGCCCCAGAAUUUCUGCAAAAGGAUCUUCCUGCCCAUUCUUCUGCAAAAACUACUAGAGAAAGCAGAGCACCAUGUAUACCUUCCUUCCUGAGAACUUCACACCGGUGAAGCAAAAGCCCUCCAAGGAGCUGAGGCCCAUGCUGAUGGCCAUCUUGUUGGGCCUCAUCCUGUUCAUUGCUGCAGUGGUGGCCUGGUGCUACUACACCGUGUCCCUGAGGAAGGCGGAGCGCCUGAAGACGGAGCUGAUGGACCUGCGGGCAGAUGGCUUUGUCAUCAGGAACCAGCACGGGGAGGUGGUCUUCCGCCUGGCCUUCCACUCAGGCAGGCUCGACCUGGAGUCGUGCUCCAAGGAGGGUGAGAUUUUGAGCUGCUCACGGUCGAGCACGGGGCCGCUCAACUUCUUCAUCCAGACAGUGAAGCCCAAGGACACGGUGAUGUGCUACCGCGUGCGCUGGGAGGAGCUGGCGGCCGGCCCGGCGGUGGAGCACACCAUGUUCUGGGAGGACGCCCACUGGUACGGGGGCUCGGAGAUGAGCACCCAGCACUGGCCCAUCCGCCUGGCUGGCUACCAGGAGCCUGUGCCCUACGUGACGAGCGACGUCUACUCCUUCCGAGACAGCUUUGGGGGCAUCCUCGAGCGCUACUGGAUCUCCUCCAAGGCAGCGGCCAUCAAGAUCAACGACUCGGUGCCCUUCCACCUGGGCUUCAAUGCCAGCGAGCGCACCCUCUUCUUCCAGGCCCGCUACAAGGACUCUCCCUACAAACCUCCCCCGGGGCAGCAGCCCUUCCCCGAGCUCAGCUACCGUGUCUGCGUGGGCUCCGACAUCACCUCCAUCCACAAGUAUAUGGUGCGCAGGUACUUCAACAAGCCCUCCAAGAUCCCUGCUGAGAACGCCUUCCGAUACCCCAUCUGGUCCACCUGGGCACUCUACAAGAAUGAUAUUGACCAAGACAAAGUCUUGCGAUUUGCUGAAAAGAUCAAGAAGUACCAUUUUAACUGCAGCCACAUUGAAAUCGAUGACAUGUACACACAAGCUUAUGGGGACUUUGACUUUGACCCUGCCAAGUUCCCCAAUGUGACAGAGAUGUUUGCAAAACUAAGGGAAGAUGGGUUUAAAGUCACACUGUGGACUCAUCCAUUCAUUAACUACAAUUCCUCCAACUUUGGGGUGGGGAUUGAACGUCAGCUUUUCAUCAAGGAGCCAUCUGGGCGGCUACCAGCCAUGGUGGAGUGGUGGAAUGGAAUCGGAGCCAUCCUGGACUUCACCAACCCAGCAGCCCGGGACUGGUUCCAGAGCCACCUGCGCCAGCUCCGACACAAAUAUGGCAUCUCCUCCUUCAAGUUCGAUGCAGGUGAGACCAGCUACCUGCCCAAGCAGUUCAGCACCUUCCGCCCACUCUCAGACCCCAGUAUCUGGUCACGGCGCUACACGGAGAUGGCCAUCCCCUUCUACGAGCUGGCCGAGGUGCGGGUGGGCUACCAGUCACAGAACAUCUCCUGCUUCUUCCGCAUCAUUGACCGUGACUCUGUCUGGGGUUAUGAGCUUGGUCUCAAGUCCCUCAUCCCCACGGUGCUCACCAUCAGCAUGCUGGGGUACCCUUUCAUAUCUGCUGACAUGAUUGGGGGGAAUUUUUUCCCCAACAAGACAGAUGGGGCAGUGGAGAUCCCUGACCGGGAGCUGUACGUGCGCUGGUUGGAGCUGUCAGCCUUCAUGCCCUCCAUGCAGUUUGCCAUCCCACCGUGGCUCUAUGACAAGGAGGUGGUGGAGAUUGCUCAGAAGUUCACCGAGCUUCACGAGUCACUGGUGGCUCCACUGCUGCUGGAGCUGGCCGGGGAGGUCACUGACACAGGUGACCCCAUCAUCCGUCCCAUCUGGUGGAUCUCUCCCCGCGACGAGGCCGCUCACCGGAUCGACUCCCAGUUCCUCAUUGGGGAUACCCUGAUGGUGGCCCCUGUCCUGGAGAUGGGCAAGCAGGAGCGUGACGUGUACCUGCCAGCGGGCAAGUGGCGCAGCUACAAGGGGGAGUUGUUUGAGAAGACCCCGGUGCUGCUCACAGACUAUCCUGUUGAUCUGGAUGAGGUUGCCUAUUUCCUCUGGGUUUCCUAAUAGGGUGCUACACCAGCUUGGGGAUAACCAUGCCUUACCUAGGACUUUGUAACAAAUAAUAACUCUAAUUGCACAUUUCAUUUGAGUCUGGGGAUGAGGAAGAGAAUUAAAUAGGCUUCUCUUUCCUUUGGGUAAUUAUUGUUGUUUGGAGGAAUGGUGAUUUUUUUUUUCCAGUUUUGGGCAGGUGGGAGACUACAGUUGUGUUAUGCUAGGCAGAAUUUUCUGUGUGGGUCAGGAAGGAGUUGUCUGUCUGUUUACAGACACUUAAUAAACCCAGUACUGGUUCAGUUCCCAAGGGUGGUGGAGGUUGGAUGGUACCAGUGAGAGAGCUGCUGAUCUUGUGGGAGCACCCAGUGCUAAGCAUGGGGCCGUGGUGAUGUGGGAGGGUUGCUACAGCACAGCCUGCCUUAAAUUUUAUAUUAUGGCAAAUUUAUUUAAAAGGAAUUUUUUUUAAGAGCAGAAAACUAACUAAUGAGAGAGAUAUAUGUAGGAGAAAAGUCUGAGGCCUGGAUCUGUUUAGCCUGGAAAAGAGAAAACAGAGGGGACCUUAUCGAUGCUCAUGUCAAUAUCUAAAGUUCAUCUUUAUAAAGAAGAUGGGGCCAGACUCUUUUCAGUGGUAUCCUGCAAGAGGGCGAGGAGCAACAGGCACAGGCUGGAACACAUGAAACUCCAUCUGAGCAUGAGGAAAGGAAGUUGUGGAGUCUCCACCUCUAGUGAUACUCAGAACACAUCUGGAUGCUAUCCUGUGCAGCCUGCUGUUGGUAAACCUGCUUUAGCAGGAGAAGUUGGACUAAAUGAUCUCCAGGGGUCCCUUCCAACCCCUAACAUUCUGUGAUUCUAUAUACACUCAUAUAUUUUUUUCCCCCUUCAGUCUAGUGUGCCAGACUAACACUUGCCCCAUGUUUCCACUGUCCCAGGUACCAGGCAGGCCAUGUUACUAGAGUGAUGUCCAGGUACUUUACCUGUACAGUCUGUGUGUCCCUUGCUGGAGCAGGUUCAUCCCACCACUUCCUCUCCCAUUUAACACCCUUUUGCCCUGGGUGUCAACACUGCCUUUCCCAAAGCAGGGCCCUCCAUAACUGCAUGCCCCAUUAGUCUUUUUAAAGCACUUAAAAGCCAGGUUUUAUUGCAUUAUUAUCUUGCCUCUGUCGUCCCUUUUGGUUUCUAAAGGACAGAUGAGCUUUCAGGUUUGUUGAUGGUGGAUGGGCUGCCUAGAGCAAAGACGUUCUCAGAAAGUACGUGUGGCACAUCCCCAGGAACAGCUGGUACCCACAGGCAGCACGUGUCUGGAACUGACAGUGACAUUUGCUGCUAGCCGUGGGUGCAGAACACUGACUUUUGCACUGAUGGGUCUGUGCCAGUGGCUGUUCUCACUGCAGCUGUGGAAAUGUUCUUGUCUAUCACGAAAUUAAGCUAAUACCCACCUCUGUCUCAGGUUGCAGGUGGAGGUGGUGGUCUUGCUGAAGCAGCCCCUCCGUCUCUUCCCCAGGAGAAUGAGGGGGCCUUCCUCAGGCAGCAUUUGUGGUGCUGGAGGUAGGGUUGCUGUGGAAGGCUUCUGGAUGGGUCACAGGGUGACGAGAUCCUGUACCCCAAGUCCCCAGCAGCUGGGAUAGAGCUGCAGAGAUGCCUCUUCCCCAGUUCUUCUAUUUGGUUUUGUAGAGGAAAAUGCAUUUUUAGAGAGACAUGGACAGUCUCUACUCUGAGACAGAGCAAACAGCAUAGGAGUCUGGCAGCCCUCCUUCCCAGGACAGGACAUUCCUGGCUGUGCCCUGGUUUCCUGGCUGUGCCCUGGUUUAGGAGCACAUUUCAGCCCUUGAGUUUUUAAUUUUCCCCUGCAGAACUGAACUGCACUGGCUGGAAAUGUUUGGGGCACCCUGCCCAGGCUGUGGUCAGCCAAGUGGUGCUCAUCAUCUGUAGAGUUUCUCUUAGGAUUGUGUCUGGGCUCAGCAAGGGUCUGGCAUGAGUCUGCCAGCCACGAAGAUGGAGCUGUGUGUUGGGUAGUGUUGGUACCAAUAAGGAUCUUUCUCAAAGCUCACCUCCUGCACUGGGUAUUGCAUGAGGCAGAAAAGGAGGUACACUCUGCCUGGGGGUUCUCAAUGGGUCGAGGAGUAGAUAUCUGGGGCAAAAUCACAAGUGAUUUUGUGGUUAGGAAGCAAGGAAGUCUGGUUUGAUGGACUCUUUGGAGCAUCCCAUGUGGCCUGAGUCUGCUCUGCAUAAAUUGAUGUUUCAGCCUCAAAGUGAGAUGUGGGGGAGCCCUAUAGUUUCUUGCCCAGUGGGAGAACAAGUGUGUCCCAAAGCCUGUUUCUUGUAUUUUUUAGACACAAAGGACAGUUUGUUUCCUGCCACUGGUGCAAAUAGCAGUUGUGUAACAAGUUACAGGCACCUUCUGGCAAGAAGUCAAACCUGGAGCCCCAGCAUCAGGGCACUGGCAGCAUUUGGCCUUUGUUGAGGGUGAAGGUGGAAGAGGUUCUGGACAUGAGUCUGACCACAGGCUGCAAGGAGGAAGAGGUGCAGUGGGCUUCUCCAUCCUCAGAAGCACAUAAGGGCCAUGCUUUGAGGGCCUCCAGCUCUUUCCUCCUUUGCUUGUGAAAUCCUUUGCUUGUCCUUCCUUGUCAUGGAGGUCAUUGGGUGGAGGAGAUAUUGCUGCACAGCUCAGCUGCCAGUGGAGAUAUGGGAUCUUGGACCUAGGACUUCAUGGGAAGGAUUCCAGCAUGACUGGGGGGAUGCUGCAUGUCUUCUCCUCCUUAUCCCCACUGUGCUGCAUCUUUGCUGCAUCCUUCACUGGCAAGGGGCAAAGCUAUGUGAAGAGAAACACCAUGGUCCCACUAGUAUCCCUUUAUUGUGAAAAUGAUGGGAACUGCUAGAUCAUUCCCUUCCAUCCCCCCACAGUGGUUUUGGGCACUUUCAGGAAUGUCAUGCAGGAAAUUUCCUGUUAGAAACACCAUCUUCCUUCUGUUCCCAUCAAAAGAAAAAGGAUUUUAUUAUAAAAAUUUUAAUUUUCUUUUUAUUUAACCAUAUGCGUAAAUGGGUGGGAUUAUCAAAUGUCCCUAUUUUUAUAAAUGCUCCAGUUAUGGCCUGAGUGGCCAUGGCUCUUCAGUACUCCAGCAAGGAGAAAGGUAAAGCUAUUGAGAGGACAUGGGGGAUAAUGCUGAAGAGCAGUUUCCACAUGGGUAGUUCUUGGUGGGUCCAUGGCACCAAGCUUUCCUUGCAUGUCAGGAAUAGGCUCAGCAAGUGCUGCUUCAGUCUAUCUCAGAGCUUUCCAGGUGCCCUUUCCAUCCUAGCUAUUACCAGAACCACUAUUUCUAACACUAUCCAGUAGCCCUGCAGGACUCAAGGACCUCUAGGACCUUUCACACCACAAGCACUCUGUGCAGAGACCUUGGGAACUUCCAAAUGGGGGGACUUCUCCAGCUUACACCACGGGUCACUGAGCAAAACAGGGUUUAGUUUGAUUUAACCAAGGAAACAUCCUGAAAGGGGGUUCUGGGUUGGGUUCAUCUUUUUCCACCCCUGCCUAGGGUGGAGCAUGGCUGAGAAGCAGAUAAAUGUGAUGCCCAUGUGACUGAAUUCUGAAGCUUGCACUGUCAUGUAUCGGGUUUUCUGGAUGCUUGUGUUUGCACAUGCCAUCCUACAUCAGACUGUAAUGCUGGUGGGCAUGUUUUAAACCACUUUUCUAAUUAUUAACUGUUACAAAAACAAAUGUAUCAUGAAUUGCCUUGAUUGAUAUAAAACUUUGGAAAACAAAA